GUUACUAGCUUUCAUGGCUAAGCUUGUUUUACGUGACAAUAAACCAACAAUUCCGGAGGACAAUAUGAAAUCCUUUAUAAAAGACGAAUCAAAAACGCGAAAAAUACCGACAUUUUAUUUGGAUUAUCAAGAGAAUGAGGAAAGGUUUGUGGAAGAUAAGCAUGUGCAGACAGAUUUUGAGCGUAUACCAGACACCAAAGUCUACAAGGAACCCGAACCUCGCGCCUUGAGCGAGUGUUUACAGAUUUAUCAAAUUAAUUUAGAAGCGUCAUUACUCACCGACAAGGAGGUAAUCAUGCUCGUAAUGGAAAACUAUAUCUCCCCAUACCGAAUUGAAAAAGCUGUAGAUAAUGCUGAUCGCGGGGUAAGAAUACGAAGAAGCUAUCUGGAAUCACUAAAGGAUUCGUCUUUACCGCUCGCUGAAUUGCCUUUUGAGCAUUACGAUUACAGCAAGGUCAUGAAUGCUUGCUGCGAAAACGUCAUUGGUUACGUGCCAAUCCCGGUCGGUGUUGUGGGACCCCUGUCUCUAGAUGAACGUGUUGUGUAUGUGCCAAUGGCUACCACGGAGGGAUGCUUAGUUGCCAGCGUAAAUAGAGGUUGCAGAGCACUUUUCAAAUCCGGAAUUACCACAAGGGUAGUUGCUGAUGGUAUGACCAGAGGGCCCGUUGUUCGGUUUCCUUCUAUUAAAGAAGCUAGCGAAGCAAUGAAAUGGGUCGAAGAUGCAAACAAUUUUGACUUAAUUAAAGAACAGUUUGAUUCAACCAGUCGAUUUGCCCGUUUAUCGAAAAUAUUUAUCCGUAUUGCUGCACGGUACUUAUUUAUACGUUUUAUUGCAACGACUGGAGACGCAAUGGGAAUGAAUAUGGUUUCAAAAGCUACUGAACUAUCUCUCAAGAUGAUUCAGGUUCAUUUUCCUAACAUGGACAUUUUAAGCAUUAGCGGAAACUUUUGCGCGGACAAAAAAGUUGCGGCAAUAAACUGGGUGGAAGGAAGAGGAAAGUCUGUUGUGUGUGAAGCCAUAGUUCCGGGCGAGACUGUAAGUUCGGUUUUGAAAACAACGGUUCAAUCUUUGGUGGAAUGCAAUUUUGCCAAAAACAUGGUUGGUUCUUCCGUUGCCGGAAGUAUGGGUGGUUUCAAUGCACAUGCGGCGAAUGUUGUUACGGCGAUAUUUAUUGCUACUGGUCAAGAUCCUGCACAAAAUGUAACUAGUAGCAAUUGCAUUACAAUAAUGGAACCUCAUGGGACAUACGGUGAAGAUCUUUAUAUAUCAUGCAGUAUGCCUUCCCUUGAAGUUGGAACUAUUGGUGGUGGUACGAUCCUUCCAGCACAAGGAGCUUGUCUCGACAUUCUUGGGGUAAAAGGCGCCAGCCCAUCGAAACCUGGAGAAAAUUCAUCUCAACUGGCUAGGAUCGUGUGCGCAACAGUGUUAGCCGGAGAAUUGUCUUUGAUGUCAGCCUUAACUGUCGGCCAUGUUGUCAAGAGUCAUCUACGGUACAAUAGAUCUUCUACGGCGAUAUGUAAUGAUUUAGUAAAUAGCUUGAAAGUGCCCUUUUAAUAACCUGUUUCAUAAAAAUUUCACCAAUAGAUAGUGAGGAGGUAUUCUUCGACGAAUUGUCUGUAUUUUAAUUUAAAUUCGAUUUUUAAUGUAUUGCUUUAAU